AUGUCAGAAGGAGCCGAUAUAACAAUGAGCGACGCGACUGAGAUUAUUUACCACAGAAUUAUCAUGAUGUUAGAUAGAGUAUAUUGGGACCUGCAAAUAGUCUUUGGCAUAAGGAAUUUUAGUAAUCUUGAUAAUAAAGGCACACUGUUAUUUGUAAUAUAUGAAUACACAAAAGAACAACAUCAAGUUCAAGGUCAAGCCUUGAUUUUAGCUGUGAAUUGCUUACAAGAAGAAGAAGAGCAGCCAAGGAAUUUUGUUGGUGUAGUUGAUUAUUCUGCCGUAAAAAAUUCAGUUGCUUGUUUUUGGUCCAAGCAUGACCAAGGAGCUCAGUGCCUGGCUAUGAUUUCUUUGUACAACGGUUACUCGUAUAAUGAUUUCUAUGAAUGGCCUGUAUAUAUUUAG